AAUAUAUAACGACAAAAGCGCGCGAAAGCACAGUCGGACACAACAGCCGAGUAUACCGGCCGGUCGGUGGCGCGCCGCUUGGGAAAAAUCACAGUUUUCCUCUCUUGUUGUCCGACGGCCUUUAGUACAUGUUUGGACACCGACCUCGCUCCAACUCCCAUUACUCAAUAUUCAUAAAUACACCAAUCAACUUAAUAAUAUAAAUGACGCUUCUAACACUUCUAAUUGCUAGUUUAUUUACUUCAGUUUUGUCGUGGUACCAUAAUGAGCCCAGUUUUUGGGUACCAGGGCAGUAUGGGUAUCAAGGAGUGCAUAAUGGUUUGGAGCAUGCAAAGGAGUUUGUUAACGAGUGGACUGUGGAAGUGGAAGGUGGUGAAGAAGUAGCGCAGCUGGUGGCUCUGGAGCUUGGAUACGUUUUUGGAGGGAAGGAUCCAGAUAUCAGUUGGGAUAGCAAUGACGAUGAUGCAGAUCCCUCACCAAGAUAUGAAGAUAUCAAGUUGAAUUCGCAUGGCACUCGUUGUGCAGGAGAAAUAGCCAUGACCGCAAACAACUUGAAGUGUGGUGUGGGCGUGGCAUGGGGAGCGAAAGUAGGUGGAGUUAGAAUGCUCGAUGGACGAAUUACAGACCGGAUAGAGGGAGAAGCGAUAGGAUACGCGUUAGACAAAGUGGACAUAUACAGUGCUUCUUGGGGUCCUAAUGAUGAUGGUCGAACUGUGGAGGGACCAGGGCGCCUAGCUAACGAGGCGUUCAAACGUGGUGUCACUGAGGGUCGUGGUGGAAAAGGUGCCAUUUAUGUUUGGGCAAAUGGCAAUGGCGGUGGUCACGGAGACAAUUGUAACUGUGAUGGAUACUCCUCUAGCAUUUACACAAUAUCAAUAGGAAGUGCUUCUCAGCAUGGUCUGUUUCCUUGGUACGGGGAGAUUUGUUCGUCUACGCUUGCUGCCGCAUACUCCUCUGGUGCCUACAAAGAUCAAAAAAUAGCUACGACAGACACCGGUGAUUCCUGUACGCUGGGACAUACUGGAACGUCUGCCGCUGCCCCAUUGGCUGCUGGCAUCAUCGCUCUCGCUCUAAGUGCAAAUCAAAAUUUGACAUGGCGGGAUGUACAACAUUUAAUAGUUUGGACCUCAGAAUACGCUCCACUUUCAGCCAAUCCUGGGUGGCAAAUAAAUGGUGCAGGGCUUUAUUUUGACGUUCGAUUUGGUUUUGGACUUUUAAAUGCUGGUGCACUCGUGAAAAUGGCACUAAACUGGACGACUGUACCAAGAGAUUAUGUGUGCCGGGUAAAUUCUGCACCGAUUGAAGAAGAAAAUACUCGUUUGUGGUCUGGGCAUCAUGUUGAAGUCCCGAUAUCAGUAGAAAAUGAUUGUUUAGUCAAUUUCGUUGAACAUGUCGAGGUGUCAAUAAAUGUGAAAUAUUCUCGCCGGGGAGCAUUGGAGAUUUAUUUAGUUUCACCCCAAGGCACGCAAGUUCAACUACUUAGCCCUCGUCGCAAGGACACAUCUACAACUGGUUUUGUAAAUUGGCCCCUUAUGUCUGUAGCCACUUGGGGCGAAAAUCCUAAAGGUGUUUGGAAAGUCAUAGUUGUUGAUAAUACCGAUGAAAAAAAUGCCGGUCACGUAGGUCCUGUGGGUUUAACGAUACACGGAACCAAAACUAUGCCCGCCCACAUGAAAAAUGGACCAAGGAUUUACAACGACAAUUACAACUAUCAAGAAGCGUUCGAAUAUUUCGAUAAUGUAGACAAAGAAGUCGCUGACGUCGUGUCGAAUACCGUUACAGACGAUGAAGUUGUAGCCAUGUUACCAGGCGAUCAUAAGUCGCAGGCGGUCGUCGAUAUACAUGACAUUGAUUCUACAGUAUUAGCUGAGGUAGAGAAGGAAUUACAACGGAUUAACCAUCGACGAGUGUACAGCGAUAUAGGAUUGUAAAUUGUCAUACUGCUUUAUCAUGUAAAUAACAAUAUGUGUACAAUAUAUGUUCAUACAGUAAACAAUUAAUUUAAUGAAAAUUAUAUACAUAUAGCGAAAUAGACAGAUUGUAGACGGCGACAUCUAUUAUUCGGAUGAAGUAACAUCAUAGUUUUGUAAAUCGCUUUUAUCAGUGUAAAGUCUAUUCCAGUUUUAAAGUCAUUACCUUAUUUUUCUAUCUUCCUAGUAUAAUUAUCUUAAAACAGUAUUAUUAGAAAAAAAUAAGUAAAUUGCUUAUGUAAUAAAUGUAUGCAAACUAUAACGGAGUAUAUUAUGUAGUUAUAUGUAAAUAAAAAUGAUCUCAUUUAAAACUUAGAUUACACAAUGAACGUUUAUUUAUUUAUUAUAAUACAUUAUACUAUCUGUAUCUUGG